UUCUGCGCGCCGCGAACAAGAAGGACCGUGCUGUAUUUUUCCUCGUCCGUUCAAAUUAUUCGUGGCUUGCUAAAGCCCAAAGCCCAUCAUCCUUGGAUUAUCGCCCGCCGGUAGCAACAUGUCGUUCAUUGCUCGAAAUGUGGCCAGAACGCUGGUGCAGGCAUCAUGCCGUGGCAUCCAUUCGACAACCGUAGCUCAAAACCCGCGUCAGGGAAAAAGCGAAGGACGCAUUACCUGCACUCUGAUCCCCGGUGAUGGUGUCGGCCCGGAGCUGGUGUACUCGGUGCAGGAAGUGUUCAAGGCAGCCGACGUACCGGUCGACUUCGAGGCGUUCUUCCUGUCGGAGGUGAACCCGACCUUGAGUGCACCGCUCGAGGAUGUCGUGCGAUCGAUUAACAAGAACAAGGUAUGCCUAAAGGGUAUUUUGGCGACACCCGACUUUAGCCGCACCGGAGAGUUGGAAACGCUCAACAUGAAGCUGCGCAAUGAGCUCGAUCUGUAUGCAAACGUUGUGCACGUCGUGAGUCUGGAGGGCGUCCAUACGCGACACAAGGGCAUCGAUGCGGUCGUCAUUCGUGAGCAGACGGAGGGUGAGUAUUCAGCGCUGGAACACGAAGCCGUGCCCGGUGUGAUUGAAUGCCUGAAGGUUAUUACCGCGCAGAAGUCGGCUCGCAUUGCCAAGUUUGCCUUUGACUAUGCGACCAAGCACAACCGCAAGAAGGUCACCUGCGUCCACAAGGCAAACAUCAUGAAGCUGGGCGACGGUUUGUUCAUGAGGAAAUGUGAACAGAUCGGCAAACUUUAUCCGAGAAUUCAGUUCGAGAAGAUGAUCGUCGACAACACGACGAUGCAACUGGUGAGCAAUCCGAAUCAGUUCGAUGUGAUGGUCGCACCGAACCUGUACGGCAACAUUAUCGAUAACAUCGCGUCCGGAUUGGUCGGCGGUGCCGGUGUUGUAGCUGGUGCUUCAUAUUCUGCGGAGCAUGCCGUCUUUGAGCCGGGUGCACGACACACGUUCGCCGAGGGUGUUGGUAAGAACAUUGCCAACCCAACGGCAAUGCUGCUGUGCUCAUCGAAGAUGUUGCGCCACGUGAAUUUGCUGCCAUACAGCCAAAUGAUUUUCCAGGCCGUGCAGAAUGUACUGCGCGCCGGUAAGGUCCGCACCAAGGAUCUCGGUGGUCAGAACACGACCAACGAGUUCACCCAGGCUGUUAUUCACAAUCUGCGAUAAGCUGUGCCACCGCGUCAAAACAAACUCCCCACAGAUGCAACUUACAUCCUCAAAUCCCCAAAGAACGGUCCGAUUGUGGGGAGUUAUGGUCUAAAACGGAGCUCAGAACGGAUCGAUCUAUAUCCUCAGCCUGAAAGUACCAUCAUCCUCUGCGUUGGAGUCUGUAUGCUGAGCAACACGAUCGUACUUUGUUGCCGAUCUUUCUUUUCAGUAUCUUUCCCGCUUUAACUUAUUUGUUUCCCCGUUUUUACUCCGAUUUCUUCACCGCCCCAAAACAAAACAAAACGAAUGCAAAUGGCGCUGAUAGAGACUACCUAGUGAAAGAUUGUUUGUAAAACAACGGUUAGCCCUAUUUAUUGAACCUACCAAAGUAGAGAAGCUAGCAAAGCACCCUUGAAAGGACGCUUCCCUGCAGAUCGACGAUCAGUCAGGCGAUUGCAGGAUCAGACUACGUCGAGAGUAUUAAACGGAAAUUUAGACACACCUCUCUUGAAACCCCGACGAGAAGGUCGACAUCCGGCCGCUGUAUGUUUCUAGUGAAAAUGACGAGUCAUCGAAUAAUAAUAAAUAAAUCACGCAAGUGUACCCGGUUGGUAAAGCAA